AUGUCAUCGGACUCCUCUUCGAUUCACCCCCCUUCGCCCACCUCAGCUUCCACCUCAGCCUUUUCUUCUUCUUCCUCCUCGAGCUCGACAAACACGGCUUCAUCGACGACCCCAGCGGCCAGUGGUCGGCCUGCUAAACCGGAAUCGACUAGCUCGCAUUUGGUCCGAAUACUUUAUCGCCGGUGGGGGCCGCUGGAGCAAUUCCACCAAAAU